ACCCAAAGAAAGAAUAACUGUCGACGCCAACAACGUCAACGACUAGACGACCUGCGAGCAAUACGGACAGAAGUCGACUUACCAAGACCUGGGUGACGUCUCGGGUGACGGCCGAAAAUUGACAGACGGACCUUCCGCCGGUGUUGACUGCCCGCCACUGUCUGUAUUUGUUGCUGCUCUACGACUUAAAUCAACUUCAACUUGGAGUGAUCAACAAACAGCUUGGAGCAAGUACGCUUUGACCCUUACAUGGAGAACUAUCUUUCCCCAUCACUGAGUGGAGAGGAGCACGAACCAGUUGAUAUGGAGGAUGUUUUGGGGAUCGCGGGGCUUGAAGAAGACCUCAGGUUGGUUCUUAUCGGAAAUACGGGAUCUGGCAAGAGCGCAUCUGGAAACACCAUCUUGGGCCGAAGACAGUUCCUGUCAAAGCUCAGUGCCAGCUCAGUGACCCGGAAAUGUCAGUGUGGGAGCACUGAGCUUGCAGAGGGUCAUGACCAGAAGAGACUGAGGCGACUUACGGUGGUUGACAUGCCGGGUUUCGGGGACACUCACCUCACCGAGGAGGAGAUUUAUAUAGAAAUGGCUAAGUGUCUGACUUUCUGUGCUCCUGGGCCGCACGCUUUUCUCUUGGUGGUGGCGAUUGGUCGUUAUACACAGCAUGAGGACCAGGCUAUUAUCAAUCUGGCCAAAAUAUUUGGAGAUGAUGCCGUAAAAUACCAUACAGUGGUUCUUUUUACCAGGGGGGAUGAACUUGAAGGCAUGGAGUUCGACGAAUACCUGAAAGAUUCUCCUGCUGGACUUAGGAAUCUCAUUGACAAGUGCGGAGGCAGAUACCAAGUGUUCAACAAUCAAAAAAACUCCAAUAAUCCGGCGCAGGUUCAAGAACUCAUAAGUAAGGCGGACAGCAUGGUGAAGCAGAGUAAAAGCAGGUAUUUUAGCAACGCUAUGUUCGAAGAGGCCGAGGCCGCUAUGAGGGAAGAACAGAGAAGGAGAAUGUUGGAGAAGAGUUACGAAGAGCAAUCGGAAUUGGAGCCUGACGAAAAAGAAAGUAAACGUGUUUCACAGUGGCCUCGGAAGAGGAAGUUGCAGGGAGAAAAUGAGAAAAGCAAGCGCAGGGGAAGCAGCGGAGCUUCGGAGAAAAUGAGGGAAGCGGCCGCUGUCUCUCCACAGGUGCUGGAGAGGUUGAAGCGCGUGGUGUCUUCUGGCGUCAUCGGGCUGGCAGUUGGAGUUGCCUUUGGCAUCGCUGUCCCCUUGACAGCUGCCCUCUCCGCAUCUCUGGUGGGUAAGGCCGUCGGCCUGGUUGCAAUUCAACUCACCGGAGCGUCUGCAGCUGGAGCCGCCGGUGUCGGGAAGGCAGUGGGCGCCGUAGUUGCGGCGGCCUCAGGAAAGACCGCUCUGGCUCUGGGGGCAACUGCUGGGGGACUUGUUGGUGGUGCGAUAGGAGUCGUCGCUGGUUCGGAGGCGGAGAGUUUGAAAGAGGGAGCAUCCGACACUCUUGAACAGGUUAGUUCUGUCGGAGUUUUUGCUCUUGGGGCUUCCAUAGGUGUGGGGGCUUCCUUGGGGACAGGGGCGGCCGUGAGUGCUGCUCUUGGGGCGCAAGGUGCGGCCAGUGCGUCUUUAGCUUCGGUGGCAGGGCAAAACGCCCCCGCCCCAGUUGGAGCUUUAGCUGCGGAAACGGGGGCAGCAGUCGUUCAGGACACUGUGGCAGCUGCGCCUGUUGCAGCAGCAAGACAUCCUGUCCUAGAUACACUCACUUCAGUCGGAAAAGCUGUGGCAGUGGUAACCUUACCUGCUAGCGCUGCCGUGAAAAUCAUCAAAUGUAAAACCAAAGACUCAGAAAAAACUACUUAUAAGUUCUCUUGGAAAAAAUGAACAUGAACAGUGUGCCUCUGACUAUCUCUUGACUAUUGUUUUGUUUGAGAUUGAAAAGCAAUUGAACAAAAUCGAAAUAAAACAAAUUGUUUCAUUUGUAAAGAAACUGAUGAGAUUCCAGUGAUUUUUUUUUUUUAGGUAUUUCCUAUAUACUGUAUUGUUAAUGUGCACAGUGCCUCCUUUUUGUGAUCAACCAUGUAAUGCCAAAUGACAAAUAAAUGCACUUUUAAAGACA